GGGGGGGGGGUCACUGCAAGUCUCGCAAUUGGCUGAUGAGAUAUGCCGUGUGCGGGGAGUCGAGGCCGGCCCAGCUGAUGGAGCGUCCAGUACCGCCCACACACGCCCCGUGCUCUGCGACACUCACAGGGACAGCACGAGCAGCAGCAUCGCUUCACCUCUCCUCUGUGCAUCGCUUCCUCUCUGGAGCUUUCCGCUAUCUAUGCCCUCUCCGUGUGUGCGUGUUCGCCUGAUCAUCUCUGGCACUCUGCUGCCACUCCGCGUAGCCUGUGCGCGUGUGCUCGUGUGUAUCGGAUCAUUUUAAAGACAUGCAUUUAAAGUGUUGCGUGCAACACUGGAAUUUAGCUCCUCCGUUGUGUUUUUCGGGUUGUACUUCCCGCGUGUUUGUUCGGGACGACGUUUCACUCCACCUAAUGGGGAGCUGCUUGCCCGUAACGCUUGAGUCAACCGGGUGACUAAAAAACAAAACCACUGAGAACGUGUUUAUGCAGUAUACACACAUAUAUACUGUCGGUGUGCAAAGGAAAGCAAAAUUGUGAAGGAAAAAAUGGGAACGACUGAACGAAUUCUCCGGGACUUCUGCCAGCGGUGACACUAAUAGUCGCCAGACAUACACACGUGCGUUUGUGUAUGAACGGUGUAUUCAUUCAUUCAUGUAUCUAUAUGAUUUAUAUACGUACCGCAAGACUCGCAAGACUUCUCACCUGUUCAGUCGCUGAAGGCUAAGUCUGUAAAACGCGCAGAAAGCGGCGUCUGGGACCCAACGCUGCACUGCCAGGUGGCAACUCAAGUGACAACUUCAUCUGUCAAGCAAGAGGAGGCUCUUGGUGGAGCGGGGUGCGGUGUUUUCGGGGUGACCGAUGCGGCGACGCUGCUUCGCGAGCGGCCGGCUCAGUGGACCAAGGAGCAAGUGGCAAUGCGGCCACGAGGCCCCCAUCACGGCUUCUCAUUUUCAGAAUCGCGCCUUUUGUGGUGGCCCUCCCGCUACCUCGGCUCGAUGAAGGAGACGGCUCUCGCCGUUGAUCUCAAGUCCCGCUGCCUGGCUUGAGAGAAUAAAAAUGGGUUUAGGAGCCCUUCGAUGACAAGCGGCUGAAUUCACGCCUCUGAAAGUGGACACUAAAACAGAUUUUCUGUCGGCUCACUCGUUUUGAACGUUAAAAAGGAAAGGGAAAUCAAUUACUUUGCUGCACACGACUCCAGAUGCUCGGCAAGCAUCUGGCAUGUUAGGCGACACGUGUGGUCAUCUGCAAGCCCACUGGAAUCGUCUGCAUACAUCCUUCUCCAAUUGGCUUGAAGGAGAGUGAGAACUGUUGAGCGCUCAUGAGAGACGACGUCUCAUUCUCUUGAAGAAACCACACUUUGCGGCGGUCCCUGGAAACCCGUGCACGUGCUGGGCGGGAAUCUGAAGAAAUACAUCGUAGAGAUGCCUUAAAUCUGUUUCAUGGGAACUUCUAAAUAAUUCCAUUGCCCCCCUCCCACCCCAAGCAGCACAGAGCCUUAAGAAAAGCCUUCAAUAAAAAUGUCAAGGGACUAAUUGGAUUGUGCGGCACGUCCUUGAGAGUGGCAGAUGAAAACGGAGAAGGGAAAACGCCGCCCAGGUUACUGAUUGGGGCUGCGUUUCUGACGUGGACACGAGAAGACGCGGCCCGCGUCGGUGUGGACAGCAGCUGGCACGGGGCCUACGGAGCCACGUGGCUAAAGGUGCACGCACGCUCCGUCCUUUCGGGAAAUGAAUAAGUCAAAGUCAACACCAAUAUCAAACUUUUAUAAAGCACCGUGUGUAAUCGUAAAAUGACAUCCUUGUUAUUUUAAAUGGUGCACACGAAUUGAUGUCCGAAUCAUAAUCUGUUUACAAAGUAAGAUGUUACAAAUCGCGAGAGAGCGGGCGGAAAGUGUCACAUUUUAAAUUGAUACCCGUGGGAUUUUCCUGCCAACCGACUUCACUUUCCUCCCCCUGCCGCCAAUUGCUCUCUCUGGUGAAGCACCUGGCAAUGGAGAGGAGGAGUAAGGGGACACGGAUGGACUAAGCAAUGCCAUGCGAAGCAUGGACCCGUCUGGAGAAGCCGGCACGUACUCCGACACGUGACUGGGAAGCACACGCUUGAGCCCCUGCAAUGGAAGACAGUGCAGGUGUUCGGAAUUAACAUCUGGCGUUCCACUCCUCUGACCAGCAUCUGUCAGCCACGGAGCCACCGCCUCGCGCGAGAGAGCGCCACGCUCUCCGCCAUGGUCUUGCCGGCGCCCGACCGCUGCCACGUUUGCCUCUUCACAGCGCUCAUCGUGAGCAGCAUGGCCCUGCUGGACGCGUACCUCGUGGAGCAGAACGCGGGGCCUCGCAAGAUCGGCGUGUGCAUCAUGCUGCUGGUGGGCGACGUGUGCUUCAUCAUCGUGCUGCGCUACGUCGCCGUGUGGGUGGGCGCCGAGGUGCGCACCGCCAAGCGCGGCUACGCCAUGGUGCUCUGGUUCGUCUACGUGUUCGUGCUCGAGAUCAAGCUCUACUUCGUGUUCCAGAACUACAAGGCGGAGCGCCUGGCGCUGUCGGGCGCCGCCGCCGCCGCCGCCGACGUGACGGCGCGCAAGGUGCUCACGCUGCUGCUGUCGGUGUGCGUGCCGGCGCUCUACGUGUCGCUCGUCGCCGUCGACCACAUGGGCUACCUGCGGGCGUUCUGGCGGAAGGAGGACCUACGCAGCCGCAUCUUCUGGGUGGCGGUCGACCUGCUCGACGUCCUCGACGUGCAGGCGAACCUGUGGGAGCCCACGCAGCGGACGCUCAUGCCGGCCUGGGCCGAGGGCCUCACCUUCUUCUACUGCUACGUGGUGCUGCUCGUGCUGCCGUGCGUGUCGCUGAGCGAGAUCAGCAUGCAGGGCGAGCACAUCGCCCCGCACCGCAUGCUGCUCUACCCCAUCCUCAGCCUCGUCACAAUCAACGUCGUCACCAUCCUCGUGCGCCUCGUCAACAUCCUCCUGUACAGGGACGCCCGCGUCUCGGCCAUCUUCCUCGGCAAGAACGUGCUCGCCAUCGUCAUGAAGUCGGCCACGUUCGUCGGGUACCACCGGUCGGUGCACAGGAACGCUCCGCCGCAGCAGCAGCAGCAGCAGCCGGCGCCGCCGCCGCCGCCGUUGCUGCUGCCCCCGCCGGGCAUCGCGCCCGCCGGGCUGGCCAUCGAGCUGCAGCAGAACUCGAUGCCGCACCACCACAGGCCGCACGGAGUGCCGCGGCAGAGCCUGCCCGAGAUGCACAGCCCCAUCGGGGAGAUCGACACGUGAUCGGAGUGACGCCCGCGGCGGCGGCGGCGGCGGCCGAGGA